UACUUUAAUCUCUUUUUCUCUAGUACUUGCCUGGUUUCGUUUCCCUCUACUCCUCUGACCUCUUUCUCUCACUCUUCAUCAGCCUACACCACAAAGCUUCCCACGCUCUGGUCUCCAACCUUGCGUCAAUGUCGGAAUCUUCAGACGGCUGUUUCUCCGGUCGUCACUUCAAGCUACGUUCCCUCUUCCUACAUCACUCAGAAGCAGAUUGAAAUCCCCACCUCCUCGGAAAAACAGGCGCCACCGAUGCAGGAAAGUUUGGGUGCUUUUCAAAAACUCCCCAUGGUGAUGCCAUCAAUUGAUCUGUAUUCUUCUGCACUUAGGAAGUCCAAAAGAGUCCAACCAACAAAAGGCAUUGCUAAUAUUGCAAAGCGAGAAAGGAAUAGAGGAGCUAAACAGCUUGACGCACUCAUGAAAGAACUGGCUCUACCUUUGAAAGGAUACAUGGAAAGUUUCCCGAGGAAGAGACUCUUGCAUCCAUAUGAGCGCUCUCUUAUCGAGCUGACACUUGGUGAUGGAAAGUACGAGGAGGUGUUAGGAAAAGUUGAUGUUCUGAGGAAGAAGGUGUUAUCUGUUGGAAAGGAACAUGCUUCUCUCUGUGCUAAGGCAUUGUCAAAGCGAGAAGCAGAGGACCGCUUGAGCGAAGGCGUGGAGAAGCUUGAAUUGGUUUUCCAGCAAGAAGGAAAAGCUGUUGAUGAUUUGUUAAGCAUAGCAAAGGUUUUGAGGGCUAUGCCAGUCGUUGAUCUGGAGAUGCCAACACUUUGCCUUGUCGGAGCACCAAACGUCGGGAAAUCAUCGUUGGUUCGCAUUCUUUCAACAGGGAAGCCUGAGAUUUGCAAUUAUCCUUUCACCACCAGAGGAAUUCUGAUGGGUCACAUCGUUUUGAACUACCAACGAUUUCAGGUGACAGACACCCCUGGGCUUCUCAAGAGACGUGAUGAGGAUAGGAAUAAUCUAGAGAAGCUAACUCUUGCUGUACUCACUCAUCUUCCGACCGCGGUUCUAUAUGUUCAUGAUCUAUCUGGAGAAUGUGGGACUUCUCCUUCUGAUCAGUUUGGGAUUUAUAAAGAAAUAAAAGAAAGGUUUAAGGAUUACCUGUGGAUUGAUGUUGUGUCCAAAUGCGAUCUGCUGGGAGGCUCUCCGGUGAUGUAUGCCAAGGAAGAUAGAAGCAAAGAUGAAGAGGAAAUCAUUAAGUACCGGGAAACAGGACCGGAUGAAUCAAUUCAUGUCUCAGUGAAAACAGAGCAAGGUCUCAAUCAGCUAAAGAGCAAAGUGAAGGAAGUACUGAGUAAUGAGAUGGAGAAGAUCAAAAGUGGAGUGAGCGUUGAUCAAAGUGUUGGUAGUUGUUAG